CCUCACCUGAACACCACCAUAAUGUUUGAAAUACCCAGCGCAAAGCGCGUCCGUCGCGAUGAGCUCCAGUCACCCAGAUUGUCUCCCCGCUCCUCACCCGACCCUGACCUCACAGACCUUCUCCGUUCUCGCUCCCACAAUGAUUACACGUUCGCAGCAGUCGACUCCAACGAGCAAGAAGAUAAUGUCGAAGGUGCACAAAGUGACCAGGAGGAAACCGAAUUGAUACUGUUCGGCGGUCCUUCAGGCGCGCCGCAACAACUGAAGAUCCGACUGAAGUCACCAGAGCCAGAAGCUGGUGAUGCAGGGUUUACCGUCAGGCGGCCUCGGAAAUACUACUUUGCAGACGAGUUAGACAGUGAACGGGAAGCGCAAUUGAAGACUGCGGCGGUCGAUGGAGAUGCGGUGUUGGAAAUGGCGAGGAUACCUUGGCCUGGCUGCGCUUUGCCUUGGAAGGUCAGAGCCAUAUCUGCGAAGGGUAUCAGGAGGACCGUACUGAUGGAUCACCCACGGAAGUUGGUGACGGUCGAGGAGAAAAUACGCAAGAAAAAGCGAAAGGGCAAGAAGACCAGGAUUGCGAUGCGUAAGAAAUUGCAGGCGAGGACGGGGAAAGAGAUUGAGGAAGAUAGGUUGGCAAAGGAAAAGGAAGACGCCGAGAGGGAGAAGCGUACUCUCAGGAACAGAGAAAAGAAGCUCAAAAAGAAGGCCAGAGACAAAGCGAAGAAGUCAUUGGCGGAUCCUGGUGAGCCCGCAGCCAGCCAAACAGCUAAAGAUGAUCAUGGGGAGUGAAUCAAGCGCGAAACUUGUACGUCUCGGUGGUGAACUGGACGCAAAUAAUGAAAUGGCAAUUAAUCGUAUGAACUAAGAUCUCC